UAAUCAAAAUUAGAAAAUAAUAUCAGAUAUGACCCCAACCCUAUUUAACAUCCUAAAACAGCAUUGGAAAGUUAGCAAUACAAACCUCCAAACCGCUUCGGGUUUAAGGUGAUGACUAAGAUAACACGUGCAGUGCCUCCAUAUGCUUUAAACUUUUCACAAAACUCAAAGGCAGCAUUGUCCCAGAGGUACAGCUUCAGCACGGGGUCGCUGCAACAACACAAACUCGUGUGGUAAGAUAAACAAUAUGUGAAUUUGGAGGAAGAUAUAGAUUAACUUACUCAUGUGUUUGAACAUGAAGCUCAACUCGGCGGGAUGCAACUAUCUCUGUUUCAUCAAGCAGGAGACUGUCAUUGGGAACCUUCCCAUUCACAAGUUUGAUGUGGCCAAUAUAAUCUGCAAGAGAAGACAAUAAAACUCAAUGUUUUAUAUCUUAUAAACCCGACAAUAAAACCUAAAUUUCCGAAUCUGUAUGAAAAUAUUAUCCUAGGCAAACAAUCCAGAGUCAAUACAAUAUCUAAUAAGAUGAUAUCAUACUAUUUAAGAUUAGAUUAAACUACUAUCCAAUACAAACAGUGAUGGGGUGUAAUGAGGCGAGAACUUACCAUAAAGAUCACCUCUCAAAUCGGAGGCAGCUUCAAACUCUCUGAAUCCAUGGAUCCGGAACCGAUCCUCAGGGAAACGGAUCGAACUGUCCUCGAGAACAGAGAGGACAUAGUUCCAUGAGAAGCUAAUAGUGACACUUGGUUCAGCUACCCGGUAAAUAGUCUUGCACUUUGAUCCAAAGAACUUGUUGAGUCGAUAAGUAGCACCGGCUUUCAUGUGAGGCAAAUAGGUCUUAAUUCUUCCAUAGCAAAUGAAGCCUUGGAUAACACGUUCCUGUUGAUAAAAGAGCAUCAUUUAGAGAAACUAAUCAGGAUAUCUUUAAAGAAAACAAAAGUAAUUAAGAUAUUUAACCCGCAAUGAACAACAAAAAAAACCUCAUGAUUGUGCUAACAACAACUAAUUACAUGUAAUUUAACAGGUGGCAUUUACGCUAGAACGGAGUGGCUAACAUUAACUAUUAGUCAUUAUCUUACAAUACAUCUCAUUUACGUGUUCUCAUCUCCCAUUUACGUGUAAACAGUGAUUCAUUAUGUUAAUUCUCGAAGUCUAUUAAACCUUUAUGCGUUUUUUAGGAUUAGGAAAAUUAUUUUUAUAUGAUAAGUAUGUUUUCAAAUAGAGAAGACAGUUUUUGAAACUGAUAUAAGUACGGAUCUACAAAACUAUAUAUUUAUUUUAUUCACAAUCAAUAUACAAACCCUAAACGGUUUGGUUCAAUACAUUUUUGCUUUAAAACAGAUAUUUGCUGUAAAAUGGAUAUUUGCUUUAAUAAAAUAAUUUAAUUUUUAAGAUAGAAAGACGUAGUGGUUUGGCACUGUUUUGGAAGCAGUCGCAUGAAGUGGAGAUCUUGAGUUCAAGUAACAGAUUUAUAGAUACAAAGGUGAAGGCUGGAAACCUUGUAUACUACAUGACUUUUGUUUAUGGUGAUCCCGUAAGACAGAGAAGGAAUGAGGUAUGGACUGUCUUGAAGUCUAUUGGAAUGAACCGUCAUGGAGGAUGGGGCUUAGUGGGUGAUUUUAAUGAAAUAAUGUGUAGUGAUGAAAAGCUUGGUGGACCUGGGCGCAGUGAGAGUUCCUUUUUUCAGUUUCGGUCUAUGGCUCGUGUCUGUAAGAUAAAGGAGAUUCCGAGCUCUGGAGAUAAGCUCUCAUGGGCAGGAGUACGAGAGGUGAUCACCAAUGGUGUUAAAGAAAAUGUUUGGAUUCAGUGUCGGCUUGAUAGAGCCUUCGGAAACGCAGAAUGGUUUAGUCUCUUCCCCCGCACUCACCUACAAUAUCUGGAACGCUUGGGGUCUGACCACAGACCUAUCUUUCUCAGUAUGGUGUCUCGGACUCAGAGGCGAAGAGGAAGAUUUAUGUUUGAUAAGCGAUGGUCCACGCAACCGGCAGUGUGUGAUAUAAUAAAAAAACAUUGGAGACCGGUGGAACGAUCAGAUGGUAGAGAUGUGACCUCAGUGAUCUCAUCGUGUCGCAAAGAUUUGGCCCAGUGGAAAAGAAGUGAUGCAGGAAACUCUAAGAAACAGAUCAUGCAGCUAAGGCUACAACUCGAGGGGGAGGAGAAAAAAUGUGUUCCCAAUUUGGCGAUGCUUGCUGAUCUGAAGGUGAAGUUGGCCCAGUUGUAUCAAGAAGAAGAAAGCUUCUGGAAACAGAAGAGUAAAAACACGUGGCUGGUGGCGGGGGAUUUAAAUACGAAGGUCUUUCAUGGGUGGGCAAAAUCAAGGAAAAUGAAGAACUUGAUACCUGCUUUAGUUGACUCGGGAGGUGUUGAACAAACCGAGGAAGAUGCGAAGGGAGAGAUCGCAGUACAAUACUUCACAAACCUUUUCCGUUCAUCUUCUCCAUCUGAUGCUACAGAGCUGUUGCUAGGAAUGGAGCCCAAGGUAACAGAGUUGAUGAAUACGAGAUUAACCAAAGACGUGUCAGAUGCAGAGAUUAAGAGAGCUGUAAAGGCGAUUAAGAGUGAUAGUGCCCCGGGAGCUGAUGGUAUGUCGGCACACUUUUUUCAGAAACAUUGGUGCCACACUGGUCCUAUGAUCACAAAAGAAGUGCAUCGUUUUUUCCGAGAAGGAAUUCUCCCAUCUGAAUGGAACUAUACCCAGCUAUUCUUGUUACCAAAGAAGCCAAACCCGAAGCUGAUGUCUGAUCUCAGGCCUAUUAGUUUGUGCUCGGUUAUUUACAAGAUCAUCUCGAAGGUGUUGUGCUCGCGUCUUAAAGGAAUCCUUCCACAGAUUGUGUCUCCCACCCAAGGAGCCUUUGUUGCAGGAAGGCUUAUCUCGGACAACCUGUUGAUUGCACAUGAGAUGGUGAAUGGCCUGAAGACAAACCCCAACUGUAAGGAGGACUUCAUUGCAAUCAAAACAGACAUGUCAAAGGCAUACGACAGGGUUGAAUGGUCGUUUUUGGAAGCACUUUUUGUGAAGAUGGGUUUCCAUAGGAAGUGGAUUGAUUGGAUCAUGCUGUGUGUGAGUUCUGUCACGUAUACGGUUCUUCUAAAUGGACAGGAGUUUGGUCACAUCGUUCCAGAGAGGGGACUGAGGCAAGGGGACCCUCUCUCCCCCUUUCUUUUCAUUCUUUGUGCAGAAGCGUUGGUACACGUGAUGAACAGAGCUGAGGAAAACGGUCGAAUCUCUGGAAUGAAGCUUACUCGCCAUUGUCCUGCAGUACAACACUUACUCUUUGCUGACGAUAGUUUGUUCCUGAUAAAAGCUGAAUUACAGGAAUGUGUUGCUUUUCUGAGAUGUUUAGAGCUGUAUGGAAAGGCAUCGGGGCAGGAAAUAAAUUUCAACAAAUCUUCUAUCACCUUUGGAGAAGGUAUUGAUGAGGUUAUGCGGAGACUGAUUGCUGAGCUUCUGAAUAUUGAAAAUGUGGGAGGUGUUGGAUCAUACUUGGGUCUACCUGAGUGUUUUAGCGGUUCGAAGCAGGAAUUGUUAGCUUUCAUUGGAGAAAAACUUGACAAAAGACUAAAUGGAUGGUAUACCAAAAUGCUUUUUCUUGGGGGAAAGGAGGUACUCCUUAAGUCUAUUGCAAUGGCUCUUCCGGUGUAUGCGAUGUCAUGCUUCAAGCUUACUAAGCACCAUUGCCAAAAAAUGAUGAGUGCGAUGUCUGCCUUCUGGUGGAAUGAGAGUGGAGAUAAGAAGAAGAUUCAUUGGAUAGCUUGGGUUAAACUGUGUGAAUCCAAAGAGAAUGGAGGCCUUGGGUUUAGAGACAUAGAGGAUUUUAACCAGGCUUUAUUGGCAAAGCAGGCGUGGAAGUUAAUGAAUGAACCUCAAAGUCUGCUAGCAGAGAUUUACAAGGGACGCUACUACGCAAAGACGUCUCUGCUUGAGGCUGGAAAGGGAUUUCAACCCUCUUAUGCGUGGCGGAGCAUCGUCUUUGGUAGAGAGCUACUGAAGAAAGGUUUAAUUACGUCUAUUGGUAACGGUAAGGAUUCCAUGGUUUGGCUAGAUAAAUGGAUAAUGGAUGAGGAACCUCGUCGACCAGUCAACAAGCAGAUCCAUUUUGACGGGAAUCUUCGUGUGGCUGAUUUAUUGAAUCAAAACGGUACAUGGAAGUUGGAGGAGCUUAAUAAUCUCUUUCCUGUGAAUGAAGUGAGUCGAAUCAUGGCGCUUCAGAUUGGAGGUAGAGAAGACAAAUUAAUUUGGGCUUACACAAAUCAUGGAGCUAAUACAGUCAAGAGUGGCUAUGGAUUGUUAGUAAACGCGGAGGCACGUAGGAAUGCUCAGAUGACAGUCCAGGAGCAGAGGUUGUUAACACUCAAGCGUAGAGUGUGGAAGAUUGUGUGUUUACCAAAAAUCAGAAUGUUUCUUUGGCGUGCUCUCUCUGGGGCUCUAGCUGUGGCUGAUAGGUUGCAAUCUAGAGGCUUGAAUGUACAAGGAAGAUGCCCUUUGUGUCAAUCGGAAGCGGAAACAAUCAAUCAUAUGUUGUUUCGGUGUAGCAAGGCGUUGGAACUGUGGGAUCUAACAGAGUGCCCCAAGCCGGCGCAAGGGUUUUCCAAUGGACUCGAGGCCAACAUAGCUUUCUUGUUUGAUGCUUUGGAUGGAAAUGGUGUUGGAGACAGCACGGUGCUUAAUGCUGAGGAGGAAGCUACUUUGUGGUUUGAGGCAAACAAACAAGCUCAACACAUUGAGGCGCAGAGUCAUAGAAUAGGUGAUAUGGAACGGUGGUGCCCUCCUUCAACAGGUACUGUUAAAUGUAACAUUCAUGUCAACUGGAGGAGUGCAGCCUUGAUUAGUGGAGGAGCUUGGAUAGCAAGGGAUCAUACGGGGAACGUUUUAUUCCAUGGUCGUGAUGCCUUUACUCCCUCACCAAACAGGAUGAUCGCAGAGCUGAGGGGUAUAUUAUGGGUGAUGCAGAGUGCACGGGAUUUACAUUUUCAUUCAAUAUGCAUCGCCUCAGAUCAUCGAGAUACCGCUGAAGCUUUACUAUCCCCUGCAUCAUGGCCACGGUUUCGAUGUCUCUUGGAACAAAUCAUGGCACUGUGUAAUUCUUUCUUUUCAGUCGCCUUUGAAGUGGAGAAAGUAGGGGCGAACUCAAUAGUUCGAGAUAUCGCAAAGAGUGUAAUGAGAGACGGUCGUCUGCAAUCAUAUCUUGCUCUAGGCGGACCAGCCUGGCUUCAUAGCCGCAUCAUCCGAGAAGCUACAAGACAAGACUAA